UCUUGGUCAUCCCCUGUACUGUGUCCGCAGUCUCUUGGUCAUCCCCUGUACUGUCUGCACAGUCUCUGGUCAUCCCCUGUACUAUGUCCGCAGUCUCUGGUCAUCUCCUGUACUAUGUCCGCAGUCUCUGGUCAUCUCCUGUACUAUGUCCAUAGUCUCUGGUCAUCCCCUGUACUAUGUCUGCAGUCUCUGGUCAUCUCCUGUACUGUCUGCAGUCUCUGGUCAUCCCCUGUACUGUGUCUACAAUCUCUGGUCAUUCCCUGUACUAUGUCCGCAGUCUCUGGUCAUCUGUACUAUGUCCACAGUCUCUGGUCAUCUCCUGUACUGUGUCCGCAG